AUGCGGCUGGAGCCAGGCUUCACCCCCGCUCCCCCUCCGGGCAGCCGCACCGAGCCAGGCCAGGCAGAAAGACUAGAAGUCACUUCCAGGCCCAGUGCUGCAUGGGAAGCAGAAGGCAGGCCGGGUCUGAACACAGGCGUGCGGUUGCCUUCUGCUACAGGAGUCCUGGUGCUGUCGUGGUACCCACCUGGCCUGGCAGAUAAUAAUGGGGAGCCAUCCAAAAGCCUGGUGCUGUUCAUCCUGGAUGCCGUGCACCGACACGCUAUAAAGGUGGCCUUCCACAUCCAGCUGUACAAGGGGCGGGAUGACCACACUGUGCAUGAGAACAUCAAAUACAUCCUGGACAAGUAAGGGCUCAAUGGCGCUUUCUACAAGUACAAGACGAGCGCUGGCAAGAGCCUGCCCCUGUUCUGCAUCUACGACUCUUACCCGACGCCCGCCGAGUCCUGGGCCAACCUGCUCACCCCGACGGGCUCCCACUCUGGCCGCAACACCCCUUACAACAGCUUGUUCAUAGAGCUGCUGAUGGAGGAGGGGCACAAGCACGACAUCCUUGCCGGCUAUGACGGCAUGUACACAUACUUCACAUCCAAUGGCUUUUCCUUCGGCUCCUCCCACCAAAACUGGAAAGCGAUCAAGGCUUUCUGCGACUCCAACAACUUCAUGUUCAUCCCCAGCGUCGGGCCUGGCUACAUCAACACUACCAUCCGCCGGAACAGCCACCACGCACAGAACGGCGUCAACGGGAAAUACUACGAGACAGUCCUGCAGGCCGCCCUCAUGGUGAAGCCGGAGACAGUCUCCAUCAUGUCCUUCAGUGAGUGGCAUGAAGGCACCCAGAUUGAGAAAGCCGUGCCCAAGAAGACAGCAACACACCUGUACCUGGACUACCUACCGCACCAGCCCAACAUGUACCUGGAGCCAACCUGUUGGUGGGCAGAACAUUUCAGCAAGGAGGAGCAGUAGCUGAUGUGA